AUGUGGACCCAUCUGAAGUUGGGAAGCAGACUGGGAGUUUCGGAGAAGCGUUUGCUAAUCAUGAAGAACAAUUCAUUUCAACAACAGAUGGAAGGGAAAGGAUUUGAUGGAAAACGUGGAGAGGUGGAGAGCAGGUCUCAGGGAAGUUGCAAAAUUAAGAGGGAUGAGCAUAAAUUAUUGGUUACAAAAUGGGCAACUGAUGCUGGUAUUGGGGUGUUCGCCGGGAUUGGUGGAAUAGGGAAGACUACCAUUGCCAAAACUGUCUAUAACUCAAAUUUUGACAGGUUUGAAUGCAGUAGCUUUCUUUUAGAUAUUAGAGAGACUUCUAAACAGCCCAAUGGUUUGGUACAUUUACAAGAACAACUACUUUCAGAUAUUUCGAGGUGUGGAAAACUAAAAAUUGGCAGUGUUGAUGAAGGAAUGAUUAAGAUUAAAAAUGCAGUAAGUUACAGAAGGGUUCUCGUUGUUCUUGACAAUGUGGAUCAACUGGAUCACUUGAAUGCAGUACUUGGAAUGCGAGACUGGUUUUGUCCAGGAAGUAAGGUUAUUAUAACAAAGCGUUAUGAGAAACUGCUGAAACCAUAUAAAGUUGACGAGACCUUUAAGGUUAAAGAAAUUGAUUAUAAUGAGUCACUGCGGCUCUUCAGUUGGCAUGCCUUUAGACAAGCACAUCCUAUUGAAUGUUUCAUGGAGUACUCAAAAAGUGUACUCCAACAGUGCAAAGGACUCCCUCAUGCUCUUAAACUGUUGGGUUCUUCUCUCCGUGAUAGAAGUGCACAGGAAUGGGAGACUUCAUUGGAAGAAAUGGAAUCAUUCACUGGAAAUCAGAUCCUAUAAACACUGGCAAUUAGCUUUAUGUCCUUACAAGAUGAUCACGACAGGAAAUUAUUCCUCCACAUUGCUUCAUUUUUUGUUGGGAAGGACAAGGAAUAUGUGGUCAAAAUGCUGGAUGAAUGUAAUUUCUAUACAACAGUUGGAAUUGAAAACCUUGUGGAUAGAGGCCUCAUAACAAUUGGAGAAGGGAAUAAGUUGAUUAUGGAUCAACUGCUCCGCGACAUGGCUAGAAGAAUUGUACACAAAGAGUCACCCAAUGAGCCUGGGAAGAAGAAUUGUACAC